CUCUCGAGCCCAAACCCUAGCAGUUCUUCUGCAGGGCAAUGGCCGAAACCCCAAAGAAACCCAAAAACUCUCCCUCCAAUCCAAAACUCCAUUCUCCAUUUUCGGCCCUCUCGAUCCCUCCGACGCCCUCUCCUGUCACUCCUCGCCGCUCUCUCCGUCGAAUUCCGCCCACUGCGGAAACCGAAACCCUUCGGAAACCGGAUGCCGACGUGCCCACAAAACCCCGUGCUCUGAAAACUCUAAAAUCCGACAAAAAGGGCCAAAGAUCGAGGCGUGAAUCCAAGAAACUGCCGUCCGAACCUCCGUUCUCUCCCAUCUCUCCUGAUCUCGCGGAACCCAUGAAGAGGAAACGGUCGGAUGGGAAAAUUGCGCCGAGAUCCGCUUCUCGGGCUUCGAGGAUGGUGUGUUUCGAGCGGGAAGGGGUGAAGAGGCGCACCUAUUAUAAAAAGGUUGUGUAUGACGGUGGUGAAUUCGGGAUCGGCGAUGACGUUUAUGUGAAGAGGAGGGAAGACGCGAGCUCAGAUGGCGAGGAUCCGGAGGUGGAAGAGUGUCGGAUCUGCUUCAAGUCCGGGAAAGCAGUGAUAAUAGAAUGCGAUGAUUGUUUGGGCGGGUUUCACAUGAGAUGUUUGAGGCCUCCAUUGAAAGAGGUUCCGGAAGGCGUUUGGAUUUGUAAGUUCUGCGAGGGUCGGAGAACGGGGAAGAAGGUGGAGUUUCCGAGGCCUCCUGAGGGUAAGAGGCUGAGUAGAACGGCGAGAGAGAAGCUUCUUUCAAGUGAUUUAUGGGCGGCACAUAUCGAAAGGUAGCUGGUAUUAGUGGGAAGAAUUAUGCAAUGUUCUAGCAGAAUUGACUGUGGCCAGCAUUUGGCAAAGGUUGGGCCCACCUUUCAAUGAUCCUGACUGUUCAACUGGUGGGCCUCAAUGCGAAUUAAUGAUGCUGUAGAAAGCAUUUUCUUUGGUCAAUCCAAGCCAUCUGAUAAUUUUCCCUGGAAUGCUUAAAAACAAUAAAUGUUAGCCAAUGGUCCAUAUGCAGCAGGAAAGUCCACCAAUCAGAUGGCUGGAAUUGUUUGAUGGAGAAGAUUUUCUAUCCAAAGCAAGUCCAUGUAGGGCCCACCAGAUGAACAAUCUACAUAACUGAAAGAUGGAGCUCAUCUGU